UGCCUCACCAACCCUCCCCGAAACUUACCCACCUCAGUAAUUAGGUUCGAGUAUCGGUAUAAGCCAUCCGAUAAUGGCUCAAGCGACCAUUCGUCCACAUUCAGACGGUUGCCAGUCCUCCUGGCUCGUCCCAAGCUGGUUCACAGAGACGUCUAUACUUCUCGAGUUUCAGGGGAUCUUGCAAGGCCGCUUCUAAUCGGCCACUUCAGUCAAAAUGGCUUCUUCGGCCCAACCGCCCAAGUCAGGAGUUCGCGUAAUCGUUGUUGGUGCAGGCUUUGCUGGAUUGACUGCAGCCAUUGAAUGCCAUCGAAAAGGGCAUGAUGUCCUCAUCCUCGAAAGCUUUCCUGAACUCAAAAUACUGGGCGAUAUCAUCAGUUUUGCACCAAAUUCUGGUCGGAUCUUCCAGCGCUGGCCUGGAGUGGACGCACAAUUAGACCCCAUCAUCCAUAAAAGCGAUGGAUUGCUCAUCAAGACAUAUCUCGGCGAAACCCUGACCAAACAGAUUUGGGACGCUGAAGGCCUUGCCUAUGGGAAAGCCUACAACGGUCACAGAGGAGAGAUUCAUGAGAUCGUUUAUCAUCAUGCCCUAGAUAUAGGAAUUGAUAUUCGUUUGGGAUAUAAGGUGGAUGACUAUUUCGAAACGGAAGACGAAGCCGGUGUUGUCGCAAAUGGAGAAAGAUUUGUUGGCGACGUUGUCCUGGCAGCCGACGGUGUGAGAUCCAAAGGCCGAACCAUCGUUCUGGGAUAUGAAGACAAGCCGAAGUCUUCGGGUUAUGCCAUUUAUCGGACUUGGUUCGAUUCCGCAAGGCUUGCUGAGGAUCCAGAUACAGCCUGGAUGGUUACGAAUGGGGACAGGCAUUGUGCAUGGCUCGGGCCUGACAUCCAUUUUAUUGCUGCAUCAAUCAAGAACGGAAAAGAUUUUAGCUGGGUUUGCACGCACAAAGAUGAAGCAGACAUCGAGGAAAGCUGGCAAGCGCAUGCUCCCCUAGCUGACGCCCUGAAGGUCUUGGAAGGGUGGGAUCCAGUAGUCCUGAAGAUCUUGAAAGCGACACCAGACCCAUUGAUUGACUGGAAGCUGGUCUAUCGAGAGCCUCUGCCAACUUGGAUCUCUCCUAAACGUCGCAUUGCUCUCAUUGGAGAUGCUGCACACCCAUUCCUUCCAACUUCAAUCCAAGGAGCAAGUCAAGCAAUGGAGGAUGGAGCAACGUUAGGAGUCUGUUUGACUCGAGGUGGGAAAACUCAUGUCCAGGAAGCAGUAGCCGCAUUUGAAGCUUUAAGGUAUGAACGUGUGCGAGCUGCACAGAAGACGGGAGAGAAGACCCGUGAUACAUGGCACAAGGUCGAUUGGAAGGAGGCAAAGAAGGAUCCGGAAAGCAUCAAGUUGAAGCGCGGUUCUUGGCUUCUCAACUUUGACGCCGAGGAAUACGCUGAAGAGAACUAUUCACGCACAGUCGCUUUGUUGCAUGAUCCUGUUGCUGUUCGAGCGCUCCAUCGACCGAAUGCAAUAAAAUAGAUAGGGGUUUAUAUGGAGAGUCGCUUACUCGUUAGGGGUCUCUAUGUCAACUGCGAGGUCAGCAAAUAGGAAUUGCAGUGCAGAGAUAGACGUAGCUUUCCUCAACAAACCUCGUGGGGCCUUCAGUGUCUCAAUCGGAACAGCAGUUGCCGUGAACGAUUGCCGUG